AGACAACAUAUACACAUACACUCCCACACAUACAGACGCACAAUAUACACUCACACACACACACACACACACACACGCACACAUGCAGGCUCGACAGUCUUGAGUAGCGCUUGGUGAAAAGCAGAAGGGGAAAGGGGCCAACUGCACCUGUCCUACACACACUCACUAUCCAAUACACACACACGCACACACACACACACACACACACACACACACAGAGAGACACACACACACACAGAGGUAGAGCCAGGAAAGCGAUCAACCGGCCCUAUGUGUGGCUGGGACCAAAGUGACUCGGCGACCUCUCAUAGUUCGGCCAUGUUGACCAGUGAGGGGGCCCACACCGUGGAGCACGACAAACACAAGAUGGAAUCAGAUGUGCAGCGCGGAGCCAAAAUGGCCGACACGGACACCUGUGCGGAGGAGGCUGGCUCCCGGGCCGGAGCCAAGACUGAGGCCGGCGACCCGGACGUAGAGGAGGCGGACAUGACGCGGUGGUCCGAGGCGGAGUUCGAGGAGAACUGCACCUACAUUGUCAAGGAUACGCCGUGGGAGGUGGCGCAAGACAGCGAGGGCCCGGCGCGAGCAGCGGCGUCGUUGCCUCGAAAUUUGGCAUUCAAGUACACCCCUGACUCCAAAGAGGUGGUUGGGGUGUGCAGCAGAGAGUACAUUCCUAAGGGGACUCGGUUCGGGCCCUUGGUGGGGGAGAUCUACACUGCCGACGGUGUUCCUAAGGAUGCAAACCGCAAGUACUUCUGGAGGAUCUAUGCCGAGGGGGAGCUCCACCACUUUGUAGAUGGUCUGGAUGAGUCCCGGUCCAACUGGAUGCGUUACGUGAACCCGGCCCACUCUGUAGCCGAGCAAAACCUGGCGGCGUGUCAGAACGGUAUGGAGAUCUACUUCUACACCGUCCGGCCCGUCCCCGCAGGAGCUGAGCUACUCGUCUGGUACUGCCCCGACUUCGCCCAACGCCUCCACUACCCUCCCUCUGGAGAGGUGAUGAUGCAGAAACUUAAGCAAUCUCUCUUGGAGGUAAAGCAGCAGCAAGUAGGCAGUGAGGAGUUUUUGGUCUGGAGCUCCACCUCUCCUGCCAUCACCCCGACCCCGGCCCCAGCCAAGAAGGAGCACAGUGUCCUCUCCAUUCUCCGUGGCACCAAGACAGAGCCCAGCCGACCCCUUCCCACCCGGCCGCUCUGCCCAAACAGCCCUGAGCGACCCCUGUACCCCCGUGCCCUCUAUCCGGCCCUACACCCGCACAUCCCAGAGGACUACCUCAGCCGCAAACCCAGCCAGUUUGGUUACCCAGCUACCCAUUCCCCCAGUACCCAGUCUUCUGCGACACCCAGUCCGUCGGCAAGAAGCAGCCCAGACAGCAGCCCACAUGGGAGCCCCUCUGGGCCAAUGCCUACCCACACCACCUACUACCCCCCAGGUCUAGGGUCCUACCCUGGGUACUCUCCACCAGCUGCCCCACUUUCCUCACCUUUCUACCCCCCAGGGGCCCCAUACUCGCGCUACCUGCUGCCCCAUCACUACCCACUGCCCGGGGGCGGGGUCCCCACGGUGGGGGGCAUCUUCCCAAGGAUGUAUCCAAUCUACAGCAGCCUCCUGCCCCCCCACAUGCCCCUGCUGCCCCCAGAUGCAGCCAGAAUGCGGUUCCUGAUGCAAGACUCCACCCACCCCUCUUCAGUCUCCACCCAUAGAGACUUCCUCCUUCCUGCCCCCCCUAGUGCCUUCUCAGCCGCCACUUCUCUGAAAGACAAAGAGGGGCCUCACCAUCUUUACUCUGGGCCCCAUGCCCACAUGCCCGCUCAUGGCAAUCCCCAUGCCCCCUCUAGUGGGUCGCCCACAGCAGGCAUGGCACCUCCCAGCGAGCACGUUGCCACCAAGCCUGCCCCGGCCAUGCUGAGCAGUGCCAGCAGCCAGUGUUCAGAUGAGGAGGCCAUCAACUUGACCAAGAACAAACGUUUGAGCAGCUCAGCAGGCUACAAGACCCUGCCAUACCCACUCAAAAAGCAGAAUGGCAAGAUUAAGUACGAGUGCAACGUCUGCAGCAAGACAUUUGGACAGCUGUCCAACCUCAAGGUUCACCUGCGCGUCCACAGUGGCGAGAGGCCCUUCACAUGUCAGACGUGUAACAAAGGGUUCACCCAGCUGGCUCACCUGCAGAAACACUACCUGGUGCACACAGGAGAGAAGCCCCAUGAAUGCCAGGUGUGUCACAAGCGCUUCAGCAGCACCAGCAACCUGAAGACCCAUUUGCGGCUGCAUUCAGGUGAGAAACCGUAUCAGUGCAAGCUCUGCCCAGCCAAGUUUACUCAGUUUGUCCACCUCAAGCUGCACAAACGCCUGCACUCCCGCGAGCGUCCGCACAAGUGUCCCCACUGCCAUCGCCACUACAUACACCUAUGCAGCCUGCGGCUACACCUGAAGGGCUACUGCCUGGCAGCAAGCUCCAUACCUAGUGGGCCUGGGGCCCCAUCUCAAGCUAGCCUGGAUGAGCUGCACCGCGCCAACGAGGAGAUCGAGCGCUUCGACAUGAGUGAGCAUGCCGAGCGGCUGGAGCAGCUGCAGGGCGGAGUUGAGGUGGAGGCUAUGCUGGAGAAGCAGGUGUUGGGGAUGGUGUGGAGGGAGCUGGAUCUGAAGGCCUCGCCCUUCCGUCCCCGCCACAAGGGCGGCAUUAGCGACCUCUUGCCCACUGGUUACGGAGCGUACGAGCCACUAAGUGAGACUUCUGUGAUCAAGAUCCGGCGCAGCAGCCCCGUCUCUCCGCUGCCUGCAAACAUCACAGUGAAGCAGGAGUCGGAGGAGCACGCUUAAAAAUACCUUUGACCCCCCCCCCUUACCCCUUACCCCAACCACACCUAGGCCCAUUAAACCAAUAGACAUAAAGUCGGACUACAUGGCUCAAAGGGAACUGGGUUGCCAGGAGCAACUGCUGUAAAUAAAUAAUUCUCUUUCUUGUUGUCGUCGGCGAAUAAUGCCAUGGCAAUGUAAGGUUUUUUUCAACCUAUCAGGGACUUGCGUACUCAGGGCUACAAGAGGCACUGUCCCAAGACUACUUAGCGAUUUCAGUGUUUGACGAUACUUAUAGACAAUCAACUUACCCUGGAUUUAUUUGUAAUAUAAUUAAUAUAAUGCCAUCAUCAUUAUUCCUAUUAUUAUUUGGUUUCUUUUUUAAAAAUGUCCUUUUUUUGGGUUUGAUUUAAUUGUUAUAUAACCUACUUAAUUUAUUACACGGUUAAUUUUUGUCCUGUUAAAAGCAAUAAUUAGAAGGUGUUUUACUAUAACUGGGUAAAUUCAUUGUAAUGGACUGUGGACUAUUUUCCUGUUUAUUUUUCUCUGUGGCCAUUUCUUUAUAGAUAGUCUCUCUCACUAUGCCUGUAUCAGUCCGGCAAGGCUCUCACCUCUGGCCUCUGGACACAGAGGCAUCCAAUCUUCAGGGUUUUUUUUAAAAUUUUAUUUAAAUUUGAAAACUAUCCAGUAGGUAAAAAAGGGUUGAUGAGAUGUGUGAUGUUGUUUCAGCACAUAUAUUGUUGAAAAAACGGCUUUAAUUUACCUUCGACCCUACUAGACAGCAUCCUAUGUCCAUGUCCUUCUCUGAAACCAACUUAAUUUAAAUGUAAAAAAGGGCAUUUUUGUAUAUUUUCAACAACAGUUACCUCAGUGUGCUUGUGUGACAGUAUGAGUGAGGUGUGUGCGCGUGUGCCUGUGUGUGCUGAAAGGGACAGCUGAAGGUGGAUGGUUUCUAUUUAUUUGCUAUUUGCUUUUGCUACUUGAAGAAGGAGAAACUGGAGGGCAGCUCCUGACGCCGUCCAAAUAGGGAGGCAGUGACGACCUCGUUGGUUCAACAUGUAGCACACAACAGACUGGGAGAAGCCCCGCCUCCCACUCCCCUCAUAUGACGCCUACCCCUACAUCCAACCCAUCACAUCCCUGUCGAAACCAAGGAUUCGCAAGGAGACGCCAGUCUCGUAACCAAAGUUCACUUGGCUUUUACUUCCAGCAAACCAAAAAUGAGGAGGGGGGGGGCGGUGGUGGGGUGAACAAAUGAAAAUGCAGGAGACGGUGUGCGCAUGCAUGUGUGUGGUUGUAUGAAUAUGAUGAAGUGAUUGCUCUUCACCUGUGGUCUUGUUUUGUAGAGGUUUUGGUUUGUAAAUCUUUUGGUUGAGAAAUAAUGACCCCGGCCCCGCCCCCUCCACCUUUCUGCUGGCCUUUGACUGGCAUCUUGCGUCUAAACUGGCACAAACCAAAGCACCACAGGUCCUUUUGUCCUUCUUAUGCACUGGUCCCCCUCUCCCACUCCCCUCUUCAACCUGUACGUACUCUGUGCCGAUGCUUUCACCUUGGACAUUACUUGCGAUGUUGCUGAAAUCCAGUGGUGAUGGCAUUAAGGCAACUGAACAACCCCCCCCCCCCGAAAGUCUUUAAUGUCGAUAUCCUGCCCUCUCACCCUCUCUGCUUACUAUAUUUUAUUUUCCCUCUCCUUUCCUCUCCACUUCUGUUCCUGAUAUAUGACCAAAGCGUCUUUUUGCUCUUCGAUUCAAGCUUUAACUUAAAAAUGAGAACAACCCCCCAAAGGACUGUCUCUGUUUACACUCUAGUUUACAUCCUUAUUU